AUGCCCCAAACCCCAACCCCUGAAAUAUCGCGAGAUCGGCCGCCCACAUAGCCGCGCAAAGCAUCACGGUACUUCCUUUCACACCGAGGCCAUAUUGCCAAUAGCACACUGUUGGCCGGAUCGGACUAAACUGCAAAAAUGGUGGCCGCAAAGAAGACGAAAAAGUCGAUGGAGUCCAUCAACUCCCGACUCCAGCUGGUUAUGAAGAGUGGAAAGUACGUGCUCGGCUACAAGCAGUCCCAGAAGAUGAUCCGCCAGGGAAAAGCCAAGCUGGUCAUCCUGGCCAACAACUGCCCUGCUCUCAGGAAGUCUGAGGUAGAGUACUACGCUAUGCUGGCCAAGACCGGCGUCCACCACUACAGUGGAAACAACAUUGAGCUGGGAACAGCCUGCGGAAAAUACUUCAGGGUGUGCACACUGGCCAUCAUUGACCCCGGCGAUUCUGACAUCAUCAGGAGCAUGCCAGACCAGCAGCAGCCUCCCCAGUAGAAGAGUUUGUUCUAAAUAAAUCGUCAAAAAAAAAAAUACAGUCGACUAUUUUGUUUUUCUUCUUAGAUAUGAUCACGAUGAAUUAAAAUGUAGUUUUAGUUGUGUUCUGUCCUGCUGUUUAACCGUACGACAUGAGCUGAGCUCGGCUGGCUGGAUUAAUGUAAACAAAGAGCUAUAAACUGACCAGAUUA